AUUCUUCCUUGAUUGUUCAUAGCUCCGAAAGGGGGUUUCUAUACUCUAUGGCUUCCGGAAUGGUAAACAAACAAUUGUUUCACAACUAUGACUUCUGAACCUCGAUGCAAACGGAUAUUUCUAAAACUUACAAUCUUCGAGAAAAGACGUUAACAGUUGAUCCAUCGUAGACGUUCUUCUCUCUUAAAAAUAUGGCUCACCAUCCAGAUUUAGGCACUAGUUUUGAGGCUACAACUUUUAAGCUGGCGAGGUCAUUGACGAUAAUGUACAUAAGGCUGACACCAUGAAAUUGAGUGAAUAGCAACAGUUUGGAGCAAUCUACAAUGAACUCAUGGUAAUUUGGCAUUUGAACUAUCUCUCACUGAACCCGCUAUCUAUUUCCUCACUUUCCUUCCCAAGUAUCAAAAUUGGCCGUCAACAAGGUUUCCUGUAUCCCCACUUCGCGUACCAGUAUCAAACAAAGCCCAGCUUCGACGAAAGUCAACCUUGAUCGCACCCUAGAACCCAACAUUUCAAAAUAACACAGGAUCGAAACGAAGUCCUUGAAAAUCGGAGUGAGUGCAAUAACUAAUGCGGGACAGGCAGGAAGGUUGAUCCCACAAGCUGGACAUAGGCGGGGUGGAAUAUGUCGACACGAGGCCGGAGACAUCGCUCGUCGACUGCGGCUUCAUCUCCACCUGAAGCAACCAAGGCUACCGCAGAACUACAAAUUCUUCUAGAUGAUUUGUCUACGGGGCUCCAAAAGCGCAUCGAAGAUGUAUAUCCGGAUCUGCCAUCAAUUGUUGAGCAGGUUCAGGCUAUUCGAGUCUUUCUAAUAGCAUCCUCGCAAACAUCGCGAUCAAAAGAUGACUUUCGACAUCUUCAUGGAUAUCAAAUUUUGUUGAGCACCCUUCGAGCGUUUUCGGGAUUCUACCAUCCUUCCAAAAGGAAUCAGCAGGAUAAAGUUCGACUCUUCGACCUUCUCGAAAACAUAUUGAGGGUGUUGGCUGAAACAUUCCGGGAUCAUUUUGGGAAUAGGAGAUAUUUCAAGCGUCGAGUCGAGGGAGGAGGGUGGGCGGCUUUAGAGCAAAUAAUAGCUAGCAUUGGUAUCGGUGGUAGUGAGUCAGAUGUAUGGACUGAAGCGCAGCUCUUUGGGCGACUUCUUGCAUUCGCUUUGGACGACAAAAGGUUGGAGACUUUAUGUCAAGUUGUCGCUGAGUGCCAUCCGUCAAGAGUCGAGUCAAACGAUCUCGCAGUAUCCGAAGAUGUCAAAGAGACGCCAAGUGCACCCCAAGAUCCAGAAUUUAGGCCUGAAAACAUGAAGAGCGAUGAACAAAUUCUGCAAUUGGUGGAGACUCGUUUACAAGGCAUUCUGCGCGAGAGCUCCUUGCUACACCAUGCAGAUAUUGUUCCAGUUAUUAUUGACUUCUGGAAGACCAUACCUCGAGUGCCAAACGUACCGGUAAAUCCAGCUGCAUUGGUGGUUAUGCUAACGUUGUCAAAAAUUUCUUCAAUCUCAAAUCACAGUUUGUUGGCUUUGCAUUCGACAGGAGUAUUAUCUACCCUACUUCCGCUUGCUUUCGAUAAUGAUUCUCCCUUUGCUACCACUGAGAGACAGGCCGUUGAAAACUUGUGCGGUUCUUUGAUGUCUCUAGGUAUUAGCUCCUUGAAUGAUGCCCAAUAUCUAGUGUCUAGUCAGUCUCCUAUUGCUAGCGAAUUCUUGCUUCGUACGAUGAAGAAAUCUCACACCCCUUCAUACAUCCAAUUUGACCUUUCUUUAAAUGGCUUUGCUUCAAUAGAACUUCCCACUCUAGCAAGGUCUUUUCCACCUCCCUCGACAGUGGGAGGCUAUACAUUCACAGCCUGGAUAUUCGUGGAUAAGUUUGAUCCAAAUUCUCACACAACUAUCUUCGGAGCCUACGAUGAGACUCAGACCUGUUUUCUGCUGGCGUAUCUCGAGCAGGAUACUCACAAUUUUAUUCUACAAACAUCAAUUUCCUCGUCGCGACCUAGUGUCAGGUUCAAGUCGACAACUUUUCAAGAGCGCCGUUGGUAUCAUAUUGCAAUAGUGCAUCGACGUCCUAGAACUAUGGCUUCGAGUAAAGCAAUUCUUUAUGUCGAUGGAGAAUUUGCGGAACAAGUCAAAUGUCAAUAUCCGGCUCCUCCGCCGCUUGCAAAUGCUAGCACAGAUAGUUUUGCCUCCUUCACCUCAACUAGUGCGAAGACACACCCAGUCCAGGCAUUCCUUGGAACUCCACAGGAUCUUUCUACUCGCCUCGGGCGCGGCGUUGUCUUUUCUCGUUGGUCUUUGGCUUCAGCACAUCUUAUUGAGGAUGUGAUUAGCGAUGAUUUGGUAGCAGUUUACUAUCGUUUAGGGCCACGAUACAAUGGAAAUUUCCAAGACUGUAUGGGAUCGUUUCAAACGUAUGAGGCUUCUGCAGCUUUGGGAAUGCGUCAGGAGCUCAUGCACCCAGGAAAAGAGGAAAAUUCGGAUAUCCUCAACGCUAUCCGUGGAAAGGCUAGCGUAUUAGUACCGGAGUCUCGUAUCAUACUAAGUAUUCUACCCACUGCUAUUCUGGGAGAGGAAGAUCGGCUCAAAGGGCCGGAAUCUCAACUUUUAAGGGGACUAAAUAGGACAGCCUCAAACAACUUAUUUCAAUUUACGCAUAAUAGUGGUACCUCCGUAGCUAUCAAUGGAUCUGCUCCCGCUAUCAAUGAAGCGCUGACUAGAGCCCAUGGCACUGCAAUUCUAACAGGGGAGCCAGUCGUUAUUGUUCCACAAGCUUUGGAUGAUGCAAUGUGGAGGCUGGGAGGGUUCACCGCAAUUGGACUGAAGCUAGUCGAAGCCGCCAACACAAAAGAAAGCAUUGUUCGAGCCGUCGAAAAUCUCUUUGAGAGUAUUAACGCAAGUUGGCGUAACAGCGAGGCUAUGGAACGAGAGAAUGGCUAUGCAAUACUGGGCGCACUUCUGCGUGGCAAGAUGGGUGCCGGAACUGUCAUUUCGACACGGACGGGUGGCCCUGGCAACGCAAAUAUGAGCGAAGAUGAUCGCGACAAACUUGGGUUCCAAUUACUGAGUUUGGUACUAGAUUUCGUUGGCUAUAGCCACGAGACACCCGAGGAAUCAUUUAUCAUAAACCCUCUUGCAUAUCGGAUAUUACUUGUUGACUUUGACAUGUGGCGGAAGACUGCUUCAAUAACUCAAGGGUUAUAUUAUAAACAGUUCAUUACGUUUGGUGUUAACAGUAAAUAUCACGAGUUUAAUUCCCGACGCUUAUUUCGAAUGCGUAAGUUUGUUGUAUGUAGUCACGAUGGUUACCUUCGCUAAUUCUCUGCAGGAAUUGUGAAAAGAUUUCUUGAUGCUCUGAAGGCUGAAUUGUUCCCUGUGGAUGUGUUUCCUUCUUUCAUGGAAGCACUCACAAGUUUAGUGAAAUGCAAUAUGACAGCCGAAGUAUUCCGCUCUCUUGCUCUUUUUAUCACUUAUGCAUAUCACAAGCCGACAAGCUCUGCUUCGAGAACGCCAAAGAACCCGGGAUUGACGAUUCCUGUACGAUCUGGCACAAUAUCAAGAGGUCCAAGAAGACCAACCAUCAGCACUGUAUUCGACUUGAAUGAAAUGGUCUCGCCGAUAAUGACCAAGAGACAGCUUGGUAAUCGAGUGCUUGAAAUGUACACGGAGCUUCUGUGUGAGAAAGGCACCACUUCAAACAUUCGAAAAUUUGCUAGGACUGUCACAAAUAAGGUAUUUGCUCCAAAUCCAGUAUGAUUGAAACUAUCUCUAACCUUGUCAGUGGCUCUUACAUCUCUUGACAGAAGAUGAUCCACAAGUCGUAGUCCUUGGAUCGAAGAUAUUAGCCCGCCUCUUAGUUGUUCAUGGGUCCAGCUAUGCAUCAAAAUUCUCGAGUAAAACAGGAGGCUUUACUAUUAUGCGACAUCGAUUGAAGAGGUGGUGGGACAUCCCAACACUAUGGCCUAUUUGCUUUAGUAUACUAUUUGGGCAUGACGUCGCAGAUAUUGAUUUCGAGCAGCCAUUCGAGUUAUACAAUCUUCUGGAGACGUUUGGCACAGGCAAAAUUGUGUAUCCUAAUGUGUUGCCCGUUAUUAUGACGAUGAUGCAGCAUGGUCUGAAGGAUGUUCUACGAAAUCAAGAUGACCCUGACUCGCCACUUCAUGAAAAGGGCAAUUGGAAAAAUCAGGAUCCACCAACAGAUUCCCUUAAACCUCCAACUCGCCAUAGAUCAAUGUCUCUCACAAGAGAACUCGAGUCUCGACGUAAGCUAGUUGUUUCUUGUUUUACGGGAAAUUACGCUAACCUAGAACAGAAUCCCAGCAGCGUAAAAGAGAACGACUGGUAGAGCAAGUUAUCAUUCUACACACGAUCAUUCGCUUUCUUGGGGACCUGCAUAGCAAAUCUCAAGAUUUUAGGGACUUUGCCUUGUCUUCUGACUACGUCAGAUAUCUGCUUGCCGCUCUAUUCCCCGUAGUAGUUAGUGCAGAUGCUGUCAGUCCGGAGACGGAACUGAACUCUCGUGAUUCUGCAUUGACUUUCGAAGGCGACGACGUCAUCAUUAGACCGGUAUCUCGCGUAUCACCUAUGCCUACCCCUAUUGUCCGGACAUCAACGGUGGAGACUCUCCUCCCACCUAGCCCCACAACUCUCAAAGCAAAGCCUCUUCGCAGGGGGUCAUCAUUUGUAUUGCUAACAGCUCGCCCUUCGGAAUACAGUCCAUCUUCUGCUAGACUUAGCUUAGUCAUGUCACCAAAGAAAAGAAUCGCUACGCAGAAAGUCAGUAAUGCAAUAGUUGAAGGCAUGCUAGAACUAGUUGUCAAUGUCUUCAUUGACCAAGUUAUGGCCCGUAAAGAGUUUCCCGGAUUUGGACUGUUUCUCAAAGUUCCUCCUGGAUUUCAAGAACACCAGGCGUACUUCGAGUCAUACGUCCUACGCAACAUGAUUUCUCAGCUUGGUACUAAUAUUCAAUUGGACCAAAAGUCGAUGUGGGAACCAAGAGUCAUCCAGAAUAUGGCUCGUUUCGUCCUCCAUAUAGGCGAAGCGGUAUUUGAAGGCUGGUUUCUGGGCGGAGCUGAAACAUUAUUAGACUUUGCAGGGACAAUAUUGGAAUACUUGGAGCGACCUGAAGUCUCUAAAAUCAAAAGCGUCCGUCUAUGCAGCCAAGCAAUUGCUUCGAUCAAAAGCGUUUUCCUUCGAGUCGUCUUACUUCGUCUAUCUGAGCUUGAUGUGCCAGAGGCUCCUGAGUCCGAAGCAUUAGCCUUCAUGGACAAGUUGCUAUAUUGGCAAACUGUGGUAUUGUCAGCGGAUGUGACUGAAGAUAACUUCUUGAAGCUCAUUUGUUACCAGCUAUAUGUGAAGUUAGUCGAUGAAAAAGAAAGCAUUCGCUUGGCCGCCGCAAACAUUUGGCGUAUAUUGCUUGUACAGAAGCCCGAAGAAACGUCUAAUAUGCUUCGUCAUGCUAUGCCUGGCCAGUACAAGUAUCUAGACUCAGGUUUCAAGAAGCUUACCGAGUUGGAUAAUGAGACUUUUGCGGAAUGGGUUGAUAGCUACAGAGCUGAGCUUGAUGCUUUGUUCUUUGGUGCAAUGUCUCGUGCCUGGGAAGAUUUCGUCAAUGCUGAAAAUGAGAAAACCGAAGAUACUCUUAAAAGCCGCGUUUCUAAGCGACGUGAAAAACUUAAGCAAUGGCAUGCAGAUGAUCUUAAUGAUGAAGAUAUAUUGUUUCGCCAUGAUCUUGCAUCAAACCUAUGGAUGAAGAAUAUCUAUGCAUCCGAACAUCUCAAGCACCAAAGAGCACAACAAGAUCAACAAGAUAAUUUCAGUUUUCUCGUUUCUACAUUUUCCAGGAUGGAUCGAGAGCUUCAUAGGCCUUGUGCAGUUUUUGAUCGUGGUGUUCCCUCAAAGUGGAAGUUGGACCGGACUGAGGGUCGUAACCGUAUGCGUCUUCGUAUGGUGCCCGAUCGUGCUGCUCCGACUUAUGAUUACAAACCGAAAAGACGUCCCACGGAGACAAAUACAAACGAUGUUUUGCAGGUAAACACGAAAGCUGGCGGUCUCGCCCCGGCUUCACACCUUGAUUCAACACCUAACUCUGCAGUAUCACCACCUGGGGACCCUGAGGGUCAAAAUGGAUCCGAGGUGAAGACUGAGAAUCCAUCAGAGGAAGAAUCAGGUGAAAUACCUGAUAGUGUUGUUCAAGAAGAAGACUUUGAACUUGUUGAUGAUCCUAAUGACCCUGGCGAUGGUGAUGACGGGUUUGAGGAUAAAAAUCGAAAGGUCAUGCGCAGUCUUCAAAGAGGAGAUUCGGUGCAACAUGUUUUUAAUAUUUCUCGAAUCAUCGGACUCGAGGCAGUUGAGGGUUUAUUGAUUCUAGGCAAAGAUUCCCUCUACUUAAUUGACAAUGUCUUCCAAAGAUCUGACGGAGAAAUCGUGAACGUUGCGAUGGCUCCCAAAGAGGAAAGAGAUCCUUAUUUACAGAUGAUUGCUGGUCACAAGGCAAGUGAGAAAACAACGCAAGCCCUCAGAACUGAGCAAGAAUCUAGAAGUUGGAAGUGGAGCGAUGUCAUCAGUAUUUCUAAACGUCGUUUUCUGUUUCGAGAUGUUGCUGUAGAAGUUUUCUUCACAGAUGGCCGUAGUUAUCUACUUACAGCCAUUUCGGCGACGCUUAGAGACGAUCUAUUUGCCAAGCUCUCCUCAAAAGCUCCACAUACCAGUGGUAAUUCAGUUUUACCAAAUCCAGAAGAUGGUUGGCGUCUUGAGGCUCUCAAAGUAUCGGAUGACGCACCUGCUACUUUUGGUUCCAAAUUUGGUAACAUCUUCAAUUCUUCUGCUUGGAACCCAGCAAUGCGACGAUGGGCAAAAGGAGAAAUCUCGAAUUUUCACUAUCUAAUGCUCGUCAACACAAUGGCUGGUCGUACUUUCAACGAUCUUACACAAUAUCCUGUCUUCCCUUGGGUUCUGGCCGAUUACACAAGUGAAGAGCUAGAUCUCAACAAUCCUGCUUCAUUCCGAGACCUUUCGAAACCAAUGGGUGCGCAGCACAACUCACGUCAAGCGGACUUUAUUGAGAGAUAUAAAACAUUUGCGGAAAUGGACAACACUACACCUGCCUUUCAUUAUGGAACCCAUUACUCCUCAGCCAUGAUCGUUACAUCAUAUUUGAUCAGACUUCAACCUUUCGUCCAAUCAUACCUGCUACUUCAGGGUGGUAAUUUCGAUCAUCCUGAUCGAUUGUUUUAUUCGAUCGCAAAAGCUUGGGACUCUGCAUCUAGAAGUAACAUGUCUGAUGUGAGGGAGCUCAUACCAGAAUUUUUUUACCUUCCGGAGUUCCUUACAAAUAAUAAUGGAUACAAUUUCGGCCUACGACAAGGAGACGGUGGAGGCAUAGAUACUGUUGACCUUCCGCCGUGGGCUAAAGGCGAUCCAAAAAUAUUCAUUGCCAAACAUCGCGAGGCUUUAGAAAGCCCGUACGUGAGUAAGUAUCUACACCAGUGGAUUGAUCUUAUUUUUGGUUGCAAGCAACGCGGAGAAGCCGCUGUUGAAAGUGUUAACGUAUUCCACCAUCUUUCAUAUCAUGGUGCAAAGAACCUUGAUACCAUCGAAGACCCUGUCGAAAGACUAGCUACGAUUGGAAUUAUUCAUAAUUUUGGUCAAACCCCUCAUCAGGUCUUUACCAAACCUCAUCAAUCUCGAGAAGACAUGCGUCAAAAACCAAGAAGACUUGACACUUCAGCUGAAUUUCUAACACGUCUACCAUUUACCUUAAUCGAAAGUCACGAACGUGUCGCAUCACUUAUUUACUCAGCAAAGUUGGAUCGGCUUCUUUGCUCUACAGCAUUCCGCCUCAAUCUUCCUCCAACGUAUGAUAAAUAUUUAGAAUGGGGUUUUGCCGAUAACAGCGUCCGAUUCUACUUCAAUGACUCCAAAAAGCUCGCUGGUCUCUUUGAGAACCUUCAUCAAGGUCAACUAUCUACCGUCAUUUUUGCCUCCUCACAAACUCUCAUCACAGCCGGUGAAGAUUGUGUAAUUUCCGCGCAUACAAUCAUGACUUCCCCAUCUAAACAUGUCGAUCUUCAACCACGCUCUUCUCUCUUCGGACACAAAACACCAGUCACUACUCUUGCAGUCAGUAAAUCUUUCAGUACAAUGCUUAGCGCAUCAUCCGAUGGUCUCGUUAUUCUUUGGGAUUUAAACCGCUUGGAAUUCGUUCGCAAACUCACUCAUGGUCGGCCUGUAGAAUGCGCGCGCAUCAAUGAUGUAAGUGGGGACAUUAUGUUAUGUCGCGGCCAAAAGGUUGCUCUUUAUACCCUAAAUGGCGAAACACUUCUCGAGCAAAAUGUAUGCGCAGAUCUAGGACAUGAUGAUUACAUACAUAGUUGUGCAUUCUACGAAGGUACUGGAAAUGAGUGGCUGGAGAGUACAUUAAUAUUCACGGGUCACAAGAGGGGAAUAGUAUGUAUAUGGCGAAAAGUUGUAGGUAAAAGUAGUGGGAAGUGGGAGUUGGAGUUAGUGAAGAGGUUGGAUCAUGUGGAUGAAGUAAGGAGGGAUGCUAGUGUCAAUAGAUCUACAGGCGCACAUGGGAGGGUUACGACGGUGAAUGGAAAUGUAGAAGCAGGUAUUAGUUGCGUGGUACCAAUGGAGAAGGGGGUUUAUACUGGAGAUGAAGACGGGAGAGUGGUGAGUCUUUUUUUGUCUUUGCUCUCUAUCUAAUUAUGUAUUGAAACUAAUCAUGAUUUUAGUAUGAAUGGACAUUAGUCCAACGCGAACGAUAAGAUAACCCUAGCAAAGUAACCCAAGGCAAAUCACACAGCGAGCUAUAGAAUUGAUUACAUAUCAUGAUAACCCCAUGCAUAGAGCAGCGUGUCGUGGUAUGGUCUCCAAAUUAAAUUUCCAAUACCUAGAAUAAAAGAACAAAGACGUGAUAAUGAACGGAGAGGCGUAAGGCGUACUUUUCUUUCCAUCGUCAGUUCUUUUUCUCUCUCUCUUGGGAGGGGGGUUAUUUUCGUUUUGUUUUGUUCUGGUAUCAAAAUGGAAAUAAAUUACAUGAAUUAGUAUAUUCGCUGGUUUUUCUUUUUUUGCUUUCUUCUUCUUGGUUGUAGCGGAGCGUUUGUGCGCAUUUGUAUUGUGUGAUCGUGGUUGAUUGAUUGUUUAGAGGUUUGGGUCGGCGGUGGAAGAGAUGGGAUGACAAGGGAUGGAAUGGGAAGAAAUGUAUGUAGAAUAUGUAUAGGUAGGGUUUGUGAGGAAGUAGGUACAUACAUACUCUGUAAAUAGAUAGAUAGAUAUCCGAAAUGAUGAAU